UCUGGGCCUUUCCCAGAAAUAAAUUGUGGGUGGAAGCUGUAAAACACCAGUUCUUCCGAGCAGAAUAACUCCACUGGCUGCCACCAGAGGCCAAGGCACUUGGCAGCAAUGCAGGUCCUCCAUCUCCCAGUCCUUUUAGGUUUCCUGACCUUGCUCCAGGCUGCAGCAUUGGCUACAAAUGCACAGACCAGCACAACGGCUGCCAUCUCUGAUGCUGUGAAUCAGGUCAAGGUCCAAGUCAACAAGGCCUUCCUGGAUUCCCGGACCAGGCUGAAGACUGCCCUGAGCUCAGAGGCGCCCACCACUCGACAGCUCUCGGAGUACCUCAAGCAUGCCAAAGGCCGGGCGCGCACAGCCAUCCGCAACGGGCAGGUGUGGGAGGAGUCCUUAAGGAGGCUGAGGCAGGAAGUGGCCUUGACCAAUGCCACAGAACCCAGCCUGGACUUGACUGCACUGUCCUGGGAGGUGGGCUGUGGUGCCCCCGUUCCUGUGGUGAAAUGUGACAAGGACAGUCCUUACCGAACCAUUACAGGAGACUGUAACAACCGGAGGAACCCCGCUCUGGGCGCCGCCAACAGGGCGCUGGCGCGCUGGCUGCCCGCCGAGUACGAGGACGGGCUGUCCCUGCCCUUCGGGUGGACGCCGGGGAGGACGCGGAACGGCUUCCCGCUCCCGCUGGCCCGCGAGGUUUCCAACAAGAUUGCAGGCUACCUGAGUGAGGAGGGUGUUCUGGACCAAAACACGUCCUUGCUCUUCAUGCAGUGGGGUCAAAUUGUGGACCACGACCUGGAUUUUGCCCCCGACACUGAGCUGGGCAGCAGCGAGUACUCCAAAGCCCAGUGUGACAAGUACUGUAUCCAGGGAGACAACUGUUUCCCCAUCAUGUUCCCUCCCAAUGACCCCAAGGUGAAGACUCAAGGGAAGUGCAUGCCUUUCUUCCGAGCUGGGUUCGUCUGCCCCACUCCACCUAACCAGUCCUUGGCUCGAGAUCAGAUUAACGCUCUGACCUCCUUCCUGGAUGCCAGCUUUGUAUACGGCCCUGAGCCCAGCCUGGCCAGCCGCCUUCGAAACCUCAGCAGCCCCCUGGGCCUCAUGGCUGUGAACCAGGAGGUCUGGGACCACGGACUGGCUUACCUGCCCUUUGACAUCAAGAAGCCAAGCCCCUGUGAGUUCAUCAACACCACUGCCCGAGUGCCCUGCUUCCUGGCAGGAGAUUCCCGAGCCUCAGAGCACAUCUUGCUGGCCGCUUCCCACACCCUCUUUCUCCGAGAGCACAACCGGCUGGCCAAAGAACUAAAGAAACUCAACCCUCACUGGGAUGGGGAAAAACUCUACCAGGAAGCCCGGAAAAUUCUGGGAGCCUUUGUACAGAUUAUUACCUUUAGGGACUACCUACCCAUUGUGCUCGGUGAUGAAAUGCAGAAGUGGAUCCCUCCAUACCAAGGCUACAACCAAUCUGCUGACCCCCGAAUCUCCAAUGUCUUCACCUUUGCCUUCCGUUUUGGACACUUGGAGGUCCCUUCCACUAUGUCCCGCCUGGAUGAGAAUUAUCAGCCUUGGGGUCCAGAAGCAGAGCUCCCCCUGCACACCCUCUUUUUCAACACCUGGCGGAUGGUCAAAGAGGGUGGAAUUGACCCUCUGGUCAGGGGCCUGCUGGCCAAGAAGUCCAAGCUGAUGACUCAGAAUAAAAUGAUGACAGGAGAGCUGCGCAGCAAGCUUUUCCAGCCCACUCACAAGACCCAUGGCUUCGAUCUGGCCGCCAUCAACAUACAGCGCUGUCGAGACCACGGGAUGCCUGGGUACAACUCCUGGAGAGGCUUCUGUGACCUCUCGCAGCCCCAGACACUCAAGGAGCUGGACGCUGUGCUGAAGAACAAAAGGCUGGCUAAGAAGUUACUGGAUCUCUAUGGGACCCCUGACAACAUCGACAUCUGGAUCGGGGCAAUUGCUGAGCCCCUGGUAGAGAGGGGCCGAGUGGGGUCUCUCCUGGCCUGCCUCCUGGGGAAGCAGUUCCAGCAGAUCCGUGAUGGAGACAGAUUCUGGUGGGAGAACCCUGGGGUCUUCACAGAGAAGCAGCGAAACGCUCUACAGAAAAUGUCCUUCUCACGCCUUGUCUGUGACAACACCCGCAUCACCAAGGUCCCACGGCAUCCAUUCCAGGCCAACAACUACCCCCAAGGCUUUGUGGAUUGUUCAGCCAUUGACAGGCUGGACCUUUCACCCUGGGCCUCAGUGAAGAAUUAGAGGUCCAGAUUUCCACGAUGCCAUUUCAGCUCUGGCCCUGUCCUCCUGGGCCCAGCCCUGAUGUCCCUGCUCUGGGAAAUUGGCUCUGUGAAGCCAGGACUGAGAAGGAAUCUACUACCUUGAGGGCCUCUGAACCACCGUGCCAGGCUGUAGGGAUGCAAGAUCCAGAGGUGUCCUGUCAUCUGGAAAAACCUACUUUACUUUCCCAUCACACUUCUGUUCUUUCUCUCCUUGGGAGUGUUUUGUUCCUGACACACAGUGAGCAUGUGACAAAUACUUGUGAGAGCAAUACAUGAACAUAAGAGCC